ACUCCGCAGCGCGCGCCUCUCCACGUGCACUCUCACACAGCGGGCAUCAAAGCCUUUACGUCAAGCCAGACAGGAAGAAGAAAGCGAAUCUGAUGGCACGAUAGCCGGGUCCCCGUGUCUCACCGAAACAAAUGCAUACCCGCUCCUGUCGCCCAUGGACGCGUUGUCCGGUUUCACGCGGAUUUCGCCUGCGUGCGCUGAGGCAGAGCUGAUCUUAUGGCAGACACCAGUCCGCCUUUUACCAUCGCUCAUCUGAUCCACUGUGAGAGAAAAUACAUCGACGAGAGAAAGUGAGAUGAAAAGCCAACAAGCACCAUCGCUGCUCGCCUUGUCGGCACUCCUGCUCUGCACAUUACACCACACAGCUGGGUCCGGCAGAUCUCAUCGCAGCAGCUCAGCAUCAUCAACAUCAUCUCCAUCAGAGGUGAGAGGCAGGCAUAAUUUGGGGACGCCCCAAAGCUGGCUAAAACAGACUAACGUCAGUUCCAACUAUGGCAAUCACAGCUACGAAAGUAGGCCAUCACCAAAGCUUAAAGAGGUAACAGGCCGAGCAAAUGGCUUCUCUUUCAACACCAGCAGAGGCAAUAUUUCUACUGUGAUAUCUGAAAAGUCUGGCAGGGCACCAAGCUGGAGCCUAGAGGAAGGGGUGUCACCACUGUGUGCCUACCAAGUGAUUGAGGGAGGCAUUGGGGGGCAGCUGUGUUUUCGACACACACUGCCUGACUACAAGUGUCGCAAGGGAGACUGCAGGACUGUGGUGUCUUUGGGGAAUCUGGUGGCAAAUAUUCUUAACAAUGGCAGCGUACUGUUACAGUGGACCCAUGAGGGAGAUUCCACAACAACCGGCCAACAUGUAAAGGCAAAAGAGACUGCAGCUGGUCAGAAGAGCAGUGCGGAUCCUGGCACUAAUUUAACAAGACAGGAAACUCCAAGAUCAGGCGCUGUUUUGAGUGGCCGACGCCACAGGCGGGGAGGCUACGAGUUGAGCUGCUGGUGGAAUGGAAGCUAUACUCAGUUUGAGUGUGCUGGAGUCCAUCUUGGAUCUGGCUGCAGGGACUUUCUCCUGACCGAGCUGCAUGAAAACAUCCCCUACCGCAUCUGCCUGCGCUCCCUGGCCCGCUCCAGUCCAGCUCAGAGAGCAGAGCAGCAGGACUGUGUAGAGUUUACCCUGCCGCCGUCUGGGAUGCAGGACAUUGUGAUUGCCAUGACAACGGUGGGGGGUGCUAUUUGCGUGAUGCUGGUCAUCAUCUGCUUGCUGGUGGCAUAUAUCACAGAAAACAUCAUGAGCCCCACGACGCAGCACACAUACUCCUACCGCACUCACUCGCGUCACUGAUAAACUGAAUCCGAGAUGCACUGCUAAAUUAAUAAAAUGGCCUGCAUUUAACAUCCAUAUCUAAUCUCCCACUCAUAGUCACUCAUUGUCAGCGAUAGUUAUUUUUCAGUCAGCCACAUAAUAUGCCAUACACAUCCUGUUAUGACUGAAUUGAAGCACAAUCUACUGUGGCUCUGCAAUUAACAUGCCUUGUCAACCUCUGCGAGGAUGCACUAAACCAAAAGUACUGAUAACCUACAUUUACUAUUAUACAGUAGUUUACUGUGUUAUGGUUUUGUUCAAGGUUGUCUGUGAUUGAGUCUGUCAAUCUGUAUGCCGGCAGCAUUUAUACAGCAAUACAACUAACAAAAUGGCUUUCAGGACAUCAAAAACAGCAGUUUUUUGCUAAAUGUACAGCCUAUGAAAGUGUUCAGACUUGUCCUGUUUUUGCUAGGGACACAGGAAAAUAAAACUUUACUGAAAAAAGUUUUUCCACUUGACUAAAUCAUCCCACCAUCUAGUUUGGCUUUGACGUCUGCAUACAGUAUGUAUUUGUAUCAUUUUGUGAAGGGCAAUCCAAUCUGGUGUACAAUCUCUAAAUAC